AUGAGUACUACCGAGAAUGAUGGACCAAAAGCAGCUCGCGACUCUCCUCGAGGGCGAACAACAAUAAAACUUGUUAUUGGUCUUUUGUUACUUGGCUUUGUUGCCUUUGUCAUCCUUGAUUCACUAACAAACAGAUACGUGCGUGACGGAAUCGAUUCAUUCCUCGACUGGAUUGAGGAGAAUUCCGUUGAAGGAAUCUUCCUUUUUGUGCUCGUUUACUUCGCUGCAACAAUUUUGUUUAUUCCCGGCUCAAUUUUAACGCUUGGUGCUGGUUUCGUUUUCGCAUCCUCCUUUGGCCUUGGACUGGGACUUGUUAUUGGAGUGUUUGCUGUUUUUCUUGGAGCAAGCUUGGGCGCCACUGCAUCUUUCUUUAUUGGACGUUACUUGCUCCGGGACCAAGCAACAAAGCUGACGAAGAAGUACGCAGUUUUCGAGGCCUUGGACGUCGCUCUUCAAGAAAACGGCUUGAAGAUUUUGGUCCUGCUUAGAUUGUCUCCAAUUGUUCCUUUCAAUGCUAUCAACUACAUAUGCGGUGUAACGGCUGUAUCAAUUCGCGAUUACAUCCUGGCACUGUUUGCUAUUUUACCUGGUACAACCUUGUACGUGUUUCUCGGCGCUUCAGCUGGAAGUCUUAGUGAUAGUGCUUCAAGUGGCGACGACUCUACUGUUACAAUCACUGUAGUAGUCCUCGGAAUUGUCUUGGGUUUUAUUGCCAUUUGGAUUUCAGCACGUUACGCGAGAAAGGAACUGAACAGGGUUCUUGAACAAAGACGUGCAGAAUCUGAGCAGUCCGAGGAAACAGCUGAGAGUAAUAUUGAACAAGGUGUGGUGAAUCAUCCUCGAGAUAGAGAUUUGGACUGUUCUGAGUGUGAACAAGUUGGGGAUGUCGGACCAGUGGAACUGUCGAUCAAAUGA